AUGCAGUUCCUCGCCGUUGCCGCUCUUCUCUUCACCGCAGCUUUCGCUGCUCCCUCCACUGAGGCCCCCGCGGGACUCGCCCGUCGUAACGAAGCCUGGUGCCCCAGGGGACUAUACUCUGUUCCCCAGUGCUGUGAUGCCGAUGUUAUUGGUGUCGCUGAUCUCGAUUGCGUUGUUCCCCCUUUCGCGCCCAGCAGAUGCAAGUCGUUCUACGGCGCCUGUGCUUCCAUCGGCCGUCAGCCCAAGUGCUGCGUCCUCCCCGUCGCCGGCGUGGCUGUUCUCUGCACCGAUGCUCUCCCUCCCGCUUUCUAA